UUCCUAUUCCGGAUUGAUUCCCACUGUUCAUUCCAUCGUUAACCUGUUCACAAAGCAUAUUUGAUAUACACAAUAGAGGCAGAUGUCAGCAUUGAACAAAUUCCACUGCGACGUGUGCUCGUCCGACUGUACAAACCGUGUACGUAUCUCAUGUGCAGUGUGUUCUGAGUACGAUCUGUGUGUUCCAUGCUUUUCGCAGGGGUUGUACACUGGUAACCAUAUGCCUUAUCAUGAUUACAAAGUGAUAGAAACGCAUACUUACCCCAUCUUCGACGAAGACUGGGGUGCUGAUGAGGAACUGGCACUGAUCACUGGUGCACAGACGCUGGGUCUGGGUAAUUGGCAAGAGGUUGCUGAUCAUAUAGGCGGUCGUUCAAAGGAGGAAGUUGGUAAGCACUAUGAAGAUAUCUACCUCAAUUCCAAGGACUAUCCUCUGCCUGAAAUGCAUAAGGACUUUUCACAUGUUAGUACCACUGACUUGGCUAAAAGGCGCAAAGCUCGUAUAGAUGAGAGGAGAAAUGCCCCCCUACCACCACCAAGGAAACCACAGGCUUCUGUACCGUUGUGUCACGACAUUCAAGGCUUUAUGCCUGGACGUUUGGAAUUCGAACAUGAGUUUGAAAACGAGGCAGAGAUGACAGUUAAAGACAUGCUAUUCGAUCCAGAUGACCAGCCCAUUGAUAUUGAGCUGAAGCUGGCUAUAUUAGAUAUCUACAACGAGCGGUUGACCACCAGAGCUGAAAAGAAGAGACUGCUCUUUGAUAACAACAUGAUGGAGUACAGAAAGCUGGCUGCUGUCGAUAAAAAGAGGUCAAAAGAGGAGAGGGAGCUGUACAACAAGGCUAAGGCAUACGCUCGUGUUAUGACACCACAGGAUUUCGAAGGCUUUACAAAGGACCUGUUGAGCGAAUUGCACUGCCGUAUUCGUAUAAAUCAACUCCAAGAGUGGAGACGUAACGGUAUCACGAAUUUGGAUGCCGGUGCACGUUACGAGAAGGAUAAACUGACGAGAAUGCAACAUCUACAGAGAUAUGGAUUGCCUAAUGCCAAUGGAUCACGACACACUGCUAACUCGUUACAGCAUUCCACUGCCAGAUCAAAACAGGACGGCUCUCUGAAACGUGGUCGUCCAUUGACGUAUAGCGACAUUCAACAUGCACAUGACUUUCAUUUGUUAAGCCCUGAUGAACAGGAACUGUGUCUACAGUUGAAGAUGUUGCCGAAAUCGUACAUCGUUAUCAAAGAAUCCCUAUUCCGUGAAAGUUUGAAGAGUGGAGGUGUCUUGAAGAAGAAAUCGUGCAAAGAAGUUUUAAGAGUUGACCCAGUUAAGGCGAAUAAGAUCUACGACUUUCUACGUCAACAGAAUUGGCUUUAAUGUGUAUAAAAAACAUUUCUAAUCGUUCAUUCGUUAUUGGUUCGUUCUAUGUAUCUG